GAAUCCCCUUUCAAAAGUCGCUCCCAUUGCUAACAUUCAUUCACUUUGGAUCUGUUUCUGCCCCGCAUACCUACCAUGUGGUGAAAAGGUGUUGAGCUGGAUGGCACCCUCAAGAUGAGCCUUGGGGCGCUAUGGGGAGGACAAAAGGGUCCGACAACCCACACCACCGAUCUUGGGAAUGUUCACCCCUGGACUCCCUGGGAUACUACAGCCACGGUCGCGGGAUGGACGUCUCGGAUCCCCUUCAACCCAUUUUCCAGAAACCAGGCUCGCAGCUUCACGCGGGCGCGACGUCCGCCGGGUCAAGAAUGGAUGCAAGCCGCGGGGGUCUGCGCUUACAUUGCCAUAGCGAUAACGAGCAUCAAUGUCAUCUUCAUCCUCAUUGCCGUGGGAAUCGGUUAUUCCAAACCACACACUGCUCGCAGCUUCUCUCGACUGCAACUCUACCAUGGACAUUGUAAUCGGACGAGUCACUGGGCGACCGCCAUCCAUAUUGUGAUCAACCUCUUCUCCACUGCCCUUCUGGCGGCCAGCAGUCAUGCGAUGCAGUGCGUGGGGGCGCCCACCCGCGAAGACGUCGAUUGGGAACAUAAGCAUCGCCGCUGGCUGGAUAUUGGCGUCGUGAGCUGGCGCAAUUUCCGCAUCAUGAACCCUAAGCGGAAGAUCCUGUGGUUGUUGCUUCUCCUCAGCUCCACUCCGAUCCAUAUGCUGUACAACUCGGUGGUGUAUGCGUCGAUCGUAACCUACAAUUAUGCCAUGAUCCUGGUCCCCAGUGAUCUGACCCCGACAGAGUCACUCGUCAAUGCCAACCACACCGAGGCCUUUUACACAACGGUGGGGAGCACACCCGAGACGAUUCUGACGGAGAUCUUCAAUGGGACCUUCACCAGGAUGACCAAUGAAGAGUGCCUCGACAAUUAUGACGUGCAGUACAACACCCAACUCAGCACCCUGAUCUUUGUGGCCGACCGGCAGUUCUUUCACAAUGAGAGCAGCAUGAGCGCGAUGAUGGAUUACUAUGGGACGAUCUACGACUACACCAACGACCAGGGGAGCGACCAGGCCGAGGCGGCGAUUGCGAACAACAACUGGACGGCUCAGGGCCUCAGCUGGAAAUACUUCUCUGCCCCAUAUAUAAACGACACUCACUACGAUGUCUCCGAGAUUCCAAUAUCCCACUGCCUGGCCAAACGCGCAACCCAGCGGUGUGAGUUGCUUUUCAGUCCCUCGAUCGCUCUCGCCGUGAUUGUCAGCAACAUUAUCAAGGUAACCUGUAUGUUUCUGGCGGCUCGCAUAGACCGACCAGGCAUUUUGCUGCGGGUGGGGGACGCCGUGGCCUCGUUUCUCAACCAGCCGGAUAUCACCACGCAGGGUCGCUGUCUCCUGUCCCGGAAAGAUAUGAAAAGAGGCCCCGACCCUUGGGAGAAAUCACGCGGUCGGGGAGGUAUCUUUCGACGAGGGAUACGAUUCCUGCGAUUACGCAAGGGGACAGACAUACCUUUGGAAGAUCUGAACAACGAAUCUGAUCAAGAAACCACGCCGAAAGCUGCGUUUGAAAAGCUACCAAGCCCCAAACGCUGGUUCCAAGCUGCCAGUUGGACACGCUGGACGAUGACCUUUCUGCUAUUCUCCAUAUGCAUUGCCGGUCCCAGUUGGUUCUAUCGUGCACUCGUCCGCCUGGGUGAAUGGUCUCUGGAAGACCAAUGGUACCUGGGCAUGGGCAGUCCCAAUUACGAAACGAACUUCAGCUUCGGAACAGACAACAUUCUCGUCCUGGUGCUACUGACCAAUUGGCCCCAGCUAGUGUUGUCGAUUCUGUACUUUGUCUGCAAAAACCUGCUCUCCUGCAUGUUGGUCACGGCCGAGUACAACGAUUACGCGAUGCAGCGCAAGCCCCUUCGCGUGUCCUGGCCCCGGGGCAGCCAACGAUCAUCCUACUACCUCUCUUUGCCGGCACGGUACAGCGUGCCACUACUCGUGAUGUCGGCGGUCCUGCAUUGGCUCCUCACCGAAAGCCUGUACCCGGUGGACUGGAACGUGUACAGCGUGUUCGGGGAAGUCGACUACGAUGACUCGCCCAAUGGCUGCGGCUUUUCACCCCUGGCGAUUCUGCUGACCCUGAUCCUGCUCGGGGUGUCGCUAUGCGCACUGCUGAUCCUGGGUGCGCGGCAAUUCAAGUCCUCCAUGCCGUUGGCCGCGCAUUGUAGUGCCGCCAUAAGUGCUGCGUGCCAUCCCCCGGUCGGAGAUGAAGAUGCAGCCUUCAAACCGGUGAUGUGGGGUGAGGUCGUGCAUUUUCAUCAUCAGACACAUCCUGUUCCAGAAGGCCCAGCGAUUGGCCAUUGUACAUUUACAUCGCAAGCGGUUGUUACUCCUUCCUUGUCUCGUGUAUAUAAGUGACAAAAUUUAUCGAC